AUGAUGAAAUCUAAAGACCUUCGAAAAGUGAUAAUGCGAAUGACUGAUGUUGGAAUUUCAUCACGUAAAAUUGCAAAAGAAUUUCGAAAUGUGGUGAAGCAGAGGUUUACUUAUAAACGUCGACGAAGUGCAAGACAAUUAGCUAAAUCGAUUCGAGUUUGUGAAGCAACAAUGCGUCGUGUGAUUCAAGAGGAUCUUCACUUACAUGCUUAUCAUGUUACAAUUCAACCAAAUAUUCAGGAUGCUCACAAGCAACGAAGAAAAUCAUUUGCAUACUGGAUGAGAAAAUCAUUAAGAAAGAAAGACCAUGGUUUAAUUUUAUUUACUGACGAAAAAUAUUUUGGUAUGAAUGGUAUAUACAAUCGUCAAAAUGAUCGUGUUUAUGCAUCAAGUCGUCAAGAAGCCGAUGCACAUGGAGGAAUACAUAGAUUAUCGAAAUUUCCAAAACGCAUUAUGAUAUGGCUAGGUGCAUGUAAAGAAAGUCUUACAACUCCAAUUAUUUUUAAGGCUGGUGAAACGUUAACACACAAAAAUUAUAUUGAUAUUGUACUUCCACAUGGAUUAGCUGAAGGUCAACGUCUAUUGGGUGAAGAUUUCAUAUAUCAACAAGAUAAUGCAACACCGCAUACACAUAAAGAUUCAUUAACAUGGAUUCGAAACAACUUUAGCAGAUUCAUCGAUGAAACUAAACGGCCUCCUAAUAGUCCGUACCUGAGCGUUUUGGAUUACUACGUGUGGGAUGCUAUCAAUCAUAAUAUUCAUUGGGAAAAAGUUAAGAAUUACAAUUCUUUAAUUGAAGAAAUAAAGCAAGGUGUUAGUCGUGUACCAAGUACUAGUGUCGUUCGCAGUGUAGAAACUUGGUCAAGUAGAAUUUCUUCUAUUUUAAGAACAAACGGUGACUAUAUUAGAUAA